AUGCAGAUGCAGAUGCAGAUGGAUCCUACUAUGCAGAUGCCGAUGAAUCCUACUAUGCAGAUGCCGGUGAAUCCUACUAUGGAUGCCUCUAUGGCAGUUCCCACCGCUGUGGGUGUACCUGCCGCUGUUCCUCCUGUUCCUCCUGCCGCUAUUCCUCCGCCGCCCUUUGCGGUUGUACUCCCCGGCCGUCCAGUCAUGACGGAGUUUCAGUGCCUCGACGGUGUGCGGUGGGUUGCCCCGCUGGGCGAGGCGCCGUCGUCGAUUGUUGUCUUUCUCACAUUCGGCGCCUCCCCGCUGCCGCCCGGCAUGGCGCUGGCCGUCUAUCUCGCCCGCGAGGACGACGGGGCCUUUGUGCACAUUGGCCAUCUCUCGCAGGAGCGGCCGAGUGCGGUGCUGCCGGUGCCGUCGGUCUUCCUCAACGUGGACGCGCCGGUGCGGGUGGUGCUCGGCGUGAGCAGCGAGCGGGUGGAGGACGUCGCGAACAUCGCCGGCGAGCAGCAGGAGGAGCGGGCGGCCACGCGGCUGGCCAUUGCGGAGCGGAUCGUGGAGGAUCUCUACAACUUUGUCUCCUCCUACGGCCGUGUGCUCUCGGCGGACUCGAAUGAUCCGCAGUCAGAGGAGACGGUGUACCUUCCGGCCUCAUUUGUCAACCGCUGGCGGGAACGCGUGCUCGUGCGUCUCCGCAAGGAUGCCUCCUUCUGGAAAUGA